GCACUGUGACACGUUUUAUUUCUGCGACGAGUCUCCGUCUAUACGUCAGGCAUGCGCGCCUCAGAUCCUCCUUUCUCUCAUCCUGAAGAUGGCGGCGGGGACUCUGUACACAUACCCAGAGAACUGGCGGGCCUUCAAGGCUCAGAUUGCAGCCCAGUACAGCGGUGCUAAGCUGAAGGUAGCCAGCACCCCCCCUGCCUUCAGCUUUGGGCAGACAAACCGCACCCCUGCUUUUCUCAGCAACUUUCCCACGGGCAAGGUUCCAGCUUACCAGGGGGAUGAUGGGUUCUGUCUGACAGAGAGCAAUGCCAUUGCAUACUAUUUGUGCAGUGAUGCUCUUCGUGGCACCAGCCCGCAGGCCAGCGCCCAGGUGCUGCAGUGGGUGAGCUUUGCUGACGCUGACAUCGUCCCAUCAGCCAGCGCAUGGGUCUUCCCCACCCUUGGCAUCAUGCAGUUCAACAAACAGGCCACAGAGCAGGCAAAAGAGGAGAUGAAGCGAGCCCUUGCCUACCUGAACCAGCACUUAAACACCCGUACCUUCCUGGUUGGCGAGAGAGUAAGCCUGGCUGACAUCACAGUAGCCUGCUCUCUGCUCUGGGCCUACAAACAGGUUCUGGAACCUGCUUUCCGUCAGGCCUACCCCAAUGUGAACCGUUGGUUUGUCACCUGUAUUAACCAGCCACAGUUCAAGACUGUUCUUGGCGAAGUGAAGCUCUGUGAGAAGAUGGCCCAGUUUGAUGCCAAGAAGUUCACAGAUGUGCAGCCCAAAAAGGACACGCCCCCAAAGGAGAAGAAGGGGGGCAAGGAAGGCAAGAAGGAAAAGAAGGAGGACAAGAAGAAGGAAGAGAAGAAAGCUGCCGCCCCUGCCGCGGAGGAGAUGGAUGAGUGUGAAGUGGCUCUUGCCGCCGAGCCCAAAACCAAGGACCCCUACGCACAUCUUCCCAAGAGCCCCUUUGUCAUGGAUGAGUUCAAGAGGAAGUACUCCAACGAGGACACCCUGACUGUGGCACUACCCCAUUUCUGGGAGCACUUCGACCGCGAGGGCUAUUCUAUCUGGUAUGGGGAGUAUCGCUUCCCUAAAGAGCUGACCCAGACAUUCAUGAGCUGCAAUCUCAUCUCAGGAAUGUUCCAGCGCCUCGACAGGCUCCGCAAAACCGCCUUUGCGAGUAUGAUCCUCUUCGGCACAAAUAACAACAGCACCAUCUCUGGGAUCUGGGUCUUCAGAGGCCAGGACUUGGCAUUCCCUUUGUCUGACGAUUGGCAGAUUGAUUACGAGUCCUAUGCUUGGCGCAAGCUGGAGGUGGACAGCGAGGAAUGCAAAACCAUGGUCAAGGAGUACUUUGCAUGGGAGGGUGAUUUCAAGCAUGUUGGAAUGCCCAUCAGCCAGGGCAAAAUCUUCAAGUGAAGACUCCCUCUACGUGCACCAUCAGGCAACAUGCAUGGUCAUGCAACCACAUUGAACAGCUAAGGAACUUCAAGCUAAUGGAAAUUGGGAGUGUGUUGUAUGCUCUGUGUGGAAUUUUGAGUUAAGGUGGAGAAAAAAUAAAAAAAUAAAAUGUUUUUCCUAA